AAGUACACAGUCAACAUGAGCGGAAGAGGCAAAGGAGGCAAGGGGCUCGGCAAAGGAGGCGCCAAGCGUCACCGUAAAGUUCUCCGUGAUAACAUCCAGGGAAUCACCAAGCCCGCUAUCCGCCGUCUGGCUCGCCGUGGCGGUGUCAAGCGUAUCUCUGGUCUCAUCUACGAGGAGACCCGCGGUGUGCUCAAGGUUUUCCUGGAGAAUGUGAUUCGUGACGCCGUCACCUACACCGAGCACGCUAAGAGGAAGACCGUCACCGCCAUGGACGUGGUCUAUGCUCUGAAGAGGCAGGGCCGCACUCUGUACGGCUUCGGAGGCCUGCUGGAACCAAGACAGACUGUGCUAGCCGAGGAUGUCCACCUGAUGUCUGAUGAGGAAGACGGCAUCGUUGAUGGGGGGUUGUCUGGAUGGAUUGUGCGACCUCCGUCCUUUCGCAGCCAGGAGCUAACCGAGCUCUGCGCCACGCUGCAGUCGAGAUUAGAGGCGAAUCUGAAGUACAGAGCAACGCAGCACAGACGUCUGGCAAACGGACGAAAUUUAACAACCAUGCCUGACCCAGUGAAAGCACCGAAGAAGGGUUCCAAGAAAGCCGUGUCAAAGAGCGUCACCAAGACCGGCAAGAAGAAGAGAAAGACCAGGAAGGAGAGCUAUGCUAUCUAUGUGUACAAGGUCCUGAAGCAGGUUCACCCUGACACUGGUAUUUCCUCCAAGGCCAUGAGCAUCAUGAAUUCUUUCGUGAGCGACAUCUUCGAGCGCAUCGCCGGUGAAGCUUCUCGCCUGGCUCACUACAACAAGCGCUCCACCAUCACCUCCAGGGAGAUCCAGACCGCUGUCCGUCUCCUGCUGCCCGGUGAGCUGGCCAAGCACGCCGUGUCCGAGGGAACCAAGGCCGUGACCAAGCAGUUGAAAACUAACAUGGCCAGAACGAAGCAAACUGCCCGUAAAUCAACCGGAGGAAAAGCUCCCCGGAAGCAGCUAGCAACUAAAGCUGCCCGAAAAAGCGCCCCAGCCACCGGCGGUGUGAAGAAGCCUCAUCGUUACAGGCCUGGUACCGUGGCUCUCAGAGAGAUUCGUCGUUACCAGAAAUCCACUGAGCUGCUGAUCCGCAAGCUGCCUUUCCAGCGCCUGGUCAGAGAGAUCGCCCAGGACUUCAAGACUGAUCUGCGCUUCCAGAGUUCUGCUGUCAUGGCUCUGCAGGAGGCCAGCGAGGCUUACUUGGUCGGCCUGUUCGAGGACACUAAUUUUGCCGCAGUCGUCAACAUGAGUGGAAGAGGCAAAGGAGGCAAGGGGCUCGGCAAAGGAGGCGCCAAGCGUCACCGUAAAGUUCUCCGUGAUAACAUCCAGGGAAUCACCAAGCCCGCUAUCCGCCGUCUGGCUCGCCGUGGCGGUGUCAAGCGUAUCUCCGGUCUCAUCUACGAGGAGACCCGCGGUGUGCUCAAGGUUUUCCUGGAGAAUGUGAUUCGUGACGCCGUCACCUACACCGAGCACGCUAAGAGGAAGACCGUCACCGCCAUGGACGUGGUCUAUGCUCUGAAGAGGCAGGGCCGCACUCUGUACGGCUUCGGAGGCUAAACAGCUGAUCCUCUCACAUUCAAACCCAAAGGCUCUUUUAAGAGCCGCCCACCUCACCUGAAGAGCCUCAUCCUUCAUGUUACUGUUAAGCAUUUUUCUUUUUUUAAUUGAUGUUCAUUAGGAAUCUUAUGGCUUAUAUUAUACAUCUGUGGGCACAAACUACAUUAGAUUUUUCAGACUGUAACCCAGUUUAUAGCGUCAGUGCAUUAUGGUUAAACCUUCAUGUUUAAAGCCCCAUUUUAUUUACUUGGGAUAUUCCUACUAAUACUGAAAUGUGUUGUCGUUUGAAAAGCCCCCAUGUUCUUAUGCAGAAAAAGUGUUAAACCAACCAGCAUAUGUUUGAACAGUGGUCAAAACACAACUGAUGGUCCCAAACACAUUAAGAAGGCAAGAAAUUCAAUAAAUUAACACUUGACGAGGCACAGCUGUUAACUGAAAACCAUUCCAGGUGAACACCUCAUGAAACUGAGAGACUCAAGAAUGUGCAGAGCUAUCAUCCAAGCAAAAGGUGGCUACAUCGAACAAUCUAAAAUAUAAAACAUUCUGGUUGGUUUAACACUUUUUUGUUAACUACA